AUGACCACUUUGCAGCCUCAGAAGGAAAACAUCAUUUCCACUGGUAGCUUUACUCUAUUCGAUCUGUUAACGGAGCGUGAAUGGCGCUCGAUUUUGAGGAAUGAGUUCACAAUGAAGUAUAUGGUUGAGAUUGAGACUUUUCUUCGUUCACACAUUGUUUUUCAGAAAAUACCAAUAUUCCCUCCUCGUGAAGAGAUUUUCUCUGCCUUCAACCUGACUCCUUUGAACAAGAUUCGUGUUGUUAUUAUUGGACAGGAUCCUUAUCAUGGUGUUGGUUUGAACCAUAUGCAGCUCCGAGAUAGUGAAACUUUGAAUAAUUGCAUUUUUCAGGCCCAUGGUUUAUCGUUUUCGGUGAAAAAAGGAGUCCCACCUCCUCCUUCCCUCAAAAACAUCUACAAGGAGCUAAGUGCGGAUAUUCCCGGUUUCGUUGUUCCCGAUCAUGGGUUUUUGGAGAAAUGGGCCUUGCAAGGAGUAUUCAUGUUGAACGCUACAUUGACUGUGGAGUCAGGUAAAGCAAAUUCGCAUGAGAAAAUUGGCUGGCAGAAGUUCACUGAUAAAGUGAUAAGCUUAAUCUCUCUCAAUAAUACUGGAGUAGUGUUCCUAUUAUGGGGAGGCUUUGCCCGCAAAAAGAAGUCUCUCAUCGACUCAAAGAAGCAUGCUGUUAUCGAGACGGCUCAUCCAUCUCCACUAAGUGCAAACAAAUGGUUCGGGUGUAGAUGCUUUUCGAAAACGAAUGCUGAGUUGUCUCGCAUGGGGAAACCCAUCAUUGAUUGGAGUUCUCUCUGA